AACAUCUCCCAUCAUUAAUCUUGUGUACUUCUCACGAAUUGUUUUCUGUUUACAAUGGUGGGCUCCAACUUCGGCAUUAUUUACCACAAUUCCAGCGCCGGUGGCUCUGGAGGACAGGGCAACCACGGACAAUCUUCAGGAGCAGCUGGUGGUGGAGGAGACCGAGAACGGAACACACCGGCUUCGCAUCUCAGCGACUUCAUGUCGCAGUUAGAGGAUUACACUCCACUGAUUCCGGACGCAGUGACCGCGCACUACCUUAAUAUGGGCGGAUUUCAUGCGGAUGACAAGCGCAUCGUCCGGUUGAUCAGUCUGGCCACCCAGAAGUACAUGUCUGAUAUUAUCUACGAUGCACUGCAGCACUCGAAGGCAAGAACUCAUAUGCAGACGACUAACACUCCCGGUGGAUCAAAGGCGAAGGACCGCAAGUUCACCCUGACCAUGGAGGAUCUGCAGCCUGCUCUGGCCGACUAUGGCAUCAACGUUAGAAAACUGGAUUAUAGUCAGUAAAUGCAGGCUCAAUAAAGCCGAGAAGUAGCACUACAUUUUUUUCUCAUUAAAUAAAGCUUAUAAAAAUACUUUAUCAAAUUAUUAAAGAUAUACAUAUAUUUAUCCAGUAAAUAUAUUCAAAACAUUAA